UUUGCUUUGGCUGCUUGGCAUGCACAGCACAUAAGCCGCUGCCGCUGCCGCUUCUGCCGCUGCUGCUGCGCAGUCGCGCCAUGAUUCCGAUUCCUGGCGCACCUAUAAAUGACAGCUUCUAUGGCCAUUUCACUUUUAGUCUUGAGCUGUUGACGCAGGCGCAAUGAACUGCUUUCUGUAUCUGCUGCUGACGCUGCUGCCGCUGUUGGCCGCGGCCAAUACCAUCAAGGAGCGCAAUCUGUUUGCCACCGAACUGUUUCAGACCCUGGCCACCGAUCGCCAGCAGGAGAACGUGAUCAUCUCGCCGGUAUCCGUGCAGCUGGCCCUGGGCCUGGCCUACUACGGAGCGGAGGGCAGGACCGCAACCGAGCUGCAGCGCACGCUGCACGCCUCGGCCACGGAGAGCAAGGAUGGCCUCGCCGAGAGCUAUCACCGGCUGCUGCAUUCGUACAUCAAGUCGAAGACAGUGUUGGAAAUCGCCAACAAGGUGUAUACGCGACAGAACGUGACGGUGGCGCCGCAUUUCCGCGAGGUGGCCGACAAGUAUUUCGACUCGGAGGUGGAGGGCCUCAACUUUGAGCAGGAGGCGCAGGCGGUGCAGCGCAUCAACAACUGGGUAAAGGAGAAGACGCAGGGCAAGAUCGAGCGUGUGGUGGACAACCUGGAGCCGGACACAAAUGUGGCCCUCAUCAAUGCCAUCUACUUCAAGGCGCGCUGGGCACGCCCCUUCAACGACGAGGACACCAAGGAGCGCGACUUCUGGCUGAGCGAGAACCAGGCCAUCCAGGUGCCCACCAUGUUCGCGGACAACUGGUACUACUAUGCCGACUAUCCGGAGCUGGACGCCAAGGCCAUUGAGCUCUUCUUCGAGAACAUCAACAUGACCAUGUGGUUCAUAUUGCCCAACAAGCGUACGGGCCUGCAGCAGCUGGAGCAGCAGCUGAAGGGCGUCGACUUCAAGCUCUUGGAGGAUCGCUGGCAAUGGCAGAGCGUGGCCGUCUACUUGCCCAAGUUUAAGUUUGAGUUCGACACCGAUCUGAAGCCCACUUUGAAUAAGCUGGGCAUCAAUGCCAUGUUCUCGGAUGCGGCUGAUUUCAGCAACAUCUUCCAAGAUUCGCCCAUCGGCACGCGCAUCACCAAGGUGCAGCACAAGACCUUCAUCGAUGUGAAUGAGAUCGGCUGCGAGGCAGCCGGCAUUAGCUAUGCCGCUGGCGUGCCCAUGUCCCUGCCGCUGGAUCCCAAGACCUUUGUUGCCGAUCAUCCGUUCGUGUUCAUCAUACGCGAUCAGCACGCGGUCUACUUUACCGGACACAUCGUCAAAUUCUAGAGCUAGCCUUAAGCGUAUAUU